AUGCAACGGUUUUUGGUGAAGUCGGACGGUGGAUCCUCGAGGGUCGCCAUGCAGGAUGGUGCCAGCGAGGCUGGUGAGUCCAUGCCCCCGCCCAGUACAGUGACAGGCGAAAGUGGCGUGGCAAGCGAAGUUGAAAGUGCUGUGCCGAUGAUCACUGCAGAUGAAAGCCCGAGCGCGGUGGCGACCGAUCUCUUCCUAGCGAAUCUGCUGGCCGAUGUCAAGCCAUACGGCGGAGUAAGGCAAUAUCUUCAGUCUCACUUGAAUACCCAGACGUCCCAAUGCGCUUUCGCGAAGUACAUCCAAGAACAGCUGCCCGCCAACUCCCCGACUACACAAUGCGAAGGACCUUGGCCGGCAUUUGCACCGGAGUGUGAUACCCCGGUCUUCAAGCUGGACUUCUGGAAGUUUGGAUUCUCGAAUGACUCCAGCCUUCGUGAACCACCCGCUCUACAGAUGUCUGUGUCCUUGUGGCAGCGAAUCGUCGUGGAAGGAUUCCUAACCAAACAGGAGCCCCUCGUGGUUCACAUGGAGAACCCUUCCUCGGAUGAGAAGUUGGCCAACUUCUCAGUGGGACACACAAAAAGCCAGGGACGCAGCCUGACCUUGCUCGCCUUUUUGUGGUUCUACAACCUCGGUGCUUCGAACCGUGGUGCCAUCCGAAAGGCACCAUCAGCGCUAUCCUUCGUGUAUGGGCUGCGCAGCCUGAACACGACGAAUCCAGAAGACAUUCUUCGUUCCUGGAACAGCACUGCGCCGAAGAGUGACCAGGUGACCGGUCGAAAAAGCAUGGUGGUAACCCUGCUGCUCGGCCUCAAGCUGGAGCUUUUGCAGAAGAUCCAGGCGUGUGUGUCGCUUUACGGAUGGGAGGCCUGCCCAUUCACGGAUGACUCCUUGUCAUCGAAGAAAAUCUACCCCGGCUCGACGUUUAGGACAUCCAGGAUUCCGAAGUCGUCACCAUGGUUCACCCGGGGACAGGUCACGGAAACCUCAUUCAACCUGUUCAUAGACUUGAUCUGCAGCCAGCACAGUGCAUCCGCAGUCCGCGUGAAGUUGCCGAAGUCCGCAGUCGAGGACAAAGCUGAAGUAUGUGCUUGUGCAGUCCAGAUGGCAGAGGAAAUGCUGAGGUGGCUCCAGAGGUUUGCCCAGGGCGACAAUGGUGCAGAGAUGGAGAUUGCAGCAGCGCUGAGCGAGAAGAGUGAGAGCUACGCCCUUCGAGACAAUCCCAGCUUGAAAGCCAUCAUGGACUCUUGCGCCGGUUCACGGCCUGUCAGCCACAUCGCUUCCGCGCAGCUGGAUGAGAAGGAGCAGCACAUCCAAGAAUCCAAGUUCAACUUGCUCAUGGAAGAGCUCAGUCUGGAUGUGGAGACGUGGAAGGUUUACCAGUCUGCGAUCAUGAGCUGGCGGGUGAAAGUUGAGCACGAAACCGCAUGUUGGAAGAAGAAGGUCUGGGAUGAAUCUUCGCAUGCUGUGCAAUCUUUCUUGGACAAGAAUGUCACGUUCCUGACAUGGAGCAAGCAUCGCGAUGCAGCAGCCCUGCUGUUGACCCAGAUCACCACCGAGCGAAGCAAGAUGGAGCAGCAGCUGCAACUGCCACCAAUGGGAUUGGUCCCCGUCGGCUUCUGCAACAUUUGCAGCUUGAGCAUGAUACCGUCGAACCUUCAGAGUGCGGGCUACAAAGUGUUAGGAAACUUGGUGGCGACACACCCACUCGGGAUCGGAGUGACUUUGGGCCCUGCUUUCGCCUACAAGCGCAACUCUGUAUUCAGUGAAGCGUACACAGUGCUGAAGCAGUUGACUUCUUUCGGAACCAUGGACGUGGAUAAGAAGUACUACCUGGCCUUCUCGAAGCGAGCAGCCACCAGCAUGCAUGAAGAUGCCCGGGACGAACGUCCCCUACGGUAUCCAGGCCACUUGGUCAGCUCAGCCGCUGCCGAGAACCAGAAGUUCUGGAAGAGUUCGGCUUUGUUCCAGACAGAGGAAGCAGCAGCAGGGCCCCUGAUGCCUGCUCGAGACAUGGUCGCGAUUGAGACCCAGAACGACGUGGACCUCCCGGCGGAAACCGACGACAGAGUUCGAGGUGCGGCCAAGUACUGUCAAAUCGGUGCACCGGCGGCCAAAGCCCUGUUCACGCAGUUGCCCAAAGAGAUGCCCACGGACAAGAAGAGCAGUGCACCCGACUUCCCUACGUUUCAGAGACUUGGAAAGAAGAAGGCGGGGCUUUGUGCUUGUAUUUUCGAAGUCUCUGAAAGCCUUUUCCCACAGGUUGGGGAGGAGUACCACCCGGUCCUCACGGAGGAAACCAUCAAGACGUACUACCAUCACCAUCUUUUUGGCGAGCGCUUCCGCCAGUUCCAUGACAGUUUGUCAGACAUGCUGGGCAUCCCGAAGGGGGACCUGAGCAGGAAGCGGGCUGGUGAGGAAACCAGUUCAGGCCCCGCUGCCAAGAAACUCAGAGUGGGGAAACCUGUGAGUGAGCUUCCCGACGAAGCUGUGAUCGCAUGUGCCCACGUGAUCUCUGUGAAAGUGGAGGAGGGCAGCACUGAGCCGCCCAUGCUUCUGGUCAUGCCUUCUGGGGUUUACUUGAAGAAUGGCAGCAAGGGUGAGGCUCUUUGUGGGUGGUCUCUUCAAGUUUUCUUCACUGCGAACAGCAUCCUGGCUGGUUUCGCCAAGGGCAAGUACCGACAGGUGGACAUGACCUCGAAUUCCGCUGACAAAGUCAAGGAUACAGAGCUUGAGUUUGUCAUCACAUCCGGCAGCGACCAAGUGAUGCUGGACAACAAGGUGUUGCCUGUCAAGCAAUGGUUGGCGCAAGAGCCGAACCAGGACAAGGCCAAGAUCGCUUACCACACGCCCAACGGUUUCCAACUGAGGAAGACCAAUGCGAGUCUGACUGAUCACAAAUUCGAUCAGGUUACAAAGGUCUGCUACUCACCCCAAGUUCCAGAAGAGAAAGAUCGACAGCCAUCGGGAUUUCAAAAUUCCAUCGCUGCAAUGACUGACACGAAGCUGUGGGAGGGCGAGUACACCACGAUCAAAUGGCAGGUCAAGGUGACCGAGCUUCGAGGACUGAGCCCGGUGCGUCCCGUGGUUCUGGUGAAGAAAGGCUUCACUGUGCCACCUGCGAGCUUCGUACAGCUCUGA